AUGGGGAUCCAAACAAUGGGGUCUCAAGGAGGUGGAGAUGGUACUGAAAAGAGAUCUCAACUCCAACCUCUUGUGCGGCAAAAUUCGGUAUACAGUCUCACACUUGACGAGGUUGAAAAUCAGUUAGGUGACUUAGGAAAGCCACUAAGUAGUAUGAACCUAGACGAGCUUCUUAAAAAUGUAUGGACUGUUGAGGUGAACCAGUCCAUGACUUCGGACAAUGAAGGCGCAGCACAAGCUAGUGAAGCUUCUCUACAACGUCAAGCUAGUCUGUCGUUAAAAGCUGCACUGAGCAAGAAGACUGUAGAUGAGGUUUGGAGAGAUAUCCAACAAAAGAAAGACAGCGACGAGAAGAAGUCACGGGAGAGACAACCUACUUUAGGAGAGAUGACAUUGGAGGAUUUCUUGGUGAAAGCGGGCAUUGUUGCUGAAGCAUCUUCUAAUAAAACAAAUACAGAUACUACCACUGGAAUGGAUUCAAAUGUAGCAGUAUCACAGUUUCCUGCACAAGGUCAGUGGAUUCAGUAUUCGCAAUCGCAACCACAAUAUCAGCAGCAUCUACAAAGUUCAAUGGGAGUUUAUAUGGCUAGCCAGGGUAUAGCACAGCCGUUACACAUGGGGGUUGCUGCUUCGAUGGAGAUUCCAUUUGCAGAUAGUCAAAUGGCAGUGGCUGCGCCUCUUAUGGAAACUGUGUCGGAUAUGCAGAUUUCCGGAAUGAAAAGAAGCACACCUGAUGGUAUGGUGGAGAGAACUGUUGAGAGAAGGCAGAAAAGGAUGAUCAAGAAUCGGGAAUCCGCUGCCCGUUCAAGAGCAAGGAAACAGGCCUACACAAAUGAAUUGGAGAAUAAAGUGUCGCGCCUGGAAGAGGAAAAUCAAAUGCUGAGGAAACGAAAGGAGCUAGAGAAUUUGUUGCCAUGCGUACCAAUUACUGAACCUAAAUAUCAGCUACGCCGAAUAGCAUCAUCUCCAUUCUGA